GUUGCUGUGGGUAUUUGGCUUCGGAUGUAGGGCCACAUCAACAACACUGCAUGCGACAACCGCCGUAGGACAUCGAUCGUGCGGGGGAGAGAGGAGCAGGGACAAUACAAGAUUUCUCCACAGCAUCGCAACGUCGAGGCCUGGCUCCUUAUGUUUCCCUGAUGUGGCCAACAAGGCGGCUCUCUCCAUGAAAACGACUCCUUUCGUACUCCUGGCAUGAAGGAUGAGGCAAACGGCAUAUCUCAGACGUUUCUCGUGGUGAGGCGUGUAUCGAAGAGGGGGCUGUUCAUCGCCCUCGACAGCAGCCUGGAACGGUGUAAUGCAUUGACAAGCAUAGAUGAGGCUUACAAGCUGCAAAGAGGUUACCCGAGUUUGACGGUUGCAAUCUGCUUCCGGUUGCACUAGCCUACUAGGGGGGGGGAAGGUGCGAAACUUGUGACGCGGCGUGAAAUCUAUGCUAGGUACUAUGCGGACCACGAUGUCGGCGAAGAAAUUCGACAACGGCGCGGCCAAACCAAAGCACGCGAGCAUGGCGUUUGUUUUUGCGGUAUGAUGCCGCUGCUUGCCCCCUCUCACAGAGUAAUGCCAGAUAUGCCGCCGCAAGCGGCCGCGUCUAUUGCUAAAAACAACAAGCGCGACAUGACCAGA